CCUUGCUGCCCGGGGGUGCCAACGGGAAGUCGUGCUUUGGCGGUUUGCGCGGCAGGGGCACGGCGAUCUAGGCCAUGGCCGUUAGCUUCGCUGAAGGCACUCGGGUGUGGGAAUGGCAAGAGCGGCGAGGGCACGAGGGAUGUGAUGAUACUCACUACGCCGGCCGCGACUCCUUGCCUUGGGCGCCACGUUGAUGGAAUGCAACGGGAGGGACGAUGCAAGACGUGAGACUCAAAUGAAGACGAACCUGUUGAGGGCGCGAUGCUUUGUGCGACGAGCGACGGGCGACGGGGAGUGUGCGGGCGACAGCUUUCAAGGCGGGGUCGGCGAUACGUUGAGCCGCUUCAUUUCACGCGCGCCCGGCGUGUCGGGUUCAUCCGUGACGUCGGAGGAGGUGGGAAGGGAAAGAGCGUGUCCAGGAACGAACCUUGGAAGUCGCGGCGAGGCAGCGAUGAGGCCGAACGGUGAAGCAAAGCGGGUUGGCUGCUGUGCGCUGCCCGGACGGCCGUCUGCAGGGACACACGCCACACCCAAACAGGCGGAGCAACUGUCGAAUGGAAGCCCGCUCCCUCUCCCUCUCCAUGGCGGGAAACAAUUUGCGCGGAAGCAAUUAUGCCCAGGUGAGACGUCCAGUGGCGCGUGGUCCGCGCGCAUGUUUCUCACUGUCUUUGAUCGCUGACUGUUAGCUGUUGGCCCCGCGUCUGCCUACCCCAUUGGGAAGAUUGCGCGCUCCUUGUCGUCCGCCGCUUCUGCGAUAUGUCUCGUCGUCGGUGCUGUGGUGCCUCCUCUAUCUCUUCGCCUCGGAGCUGCGUGGUCUCCAUGUCUUCGCCAUCACAGCUGUCG